GAAAACAAAUUCAAAUGUUGCAACCCUUGUCGGUGCUCUCUAUCAACACUCCAGGAUCCUAACUUCCUCUCUACUCUGCUAAGCGAGCAGCCUCAUGGUUCAAAGUGGCUGAUGGAGCACCAGACAUCACGUCCAUAUGUCAGAAAACAGGAAGGAAGAAAAGGCAAGGUGAUUUCAUUGCUCGGGGAGAUAAUUCAAAGCUUUCAUUAAGAAUUGCAAGAGAAUUCAUCAUACCAAAAAGGAGCAAAAAGAUACUUGGAAAUGCCUGUGCAUCAUCAGAGCCACCGUGAACUAACACAUUUUGCUCCAUGAGUGGUGCUGAUUGCAAAUGAGGAGAAAUGGGGUACACUGAAGUGAAGCAAAUGGUCAAGAUCAUUUCAAGGUCCACUGAAACAGCAGAAAACAAGUCAGCUGUAUCCAUCCAGUGGAAACGAAGCUGCUCCAGGUUUAGCCCCCAGACCCUGAAAUCUCAUCAACUCAAAACAGCCCAUGGAGAGACAGGCACGGGACGGUUAAGGGACUUCCCAAAGUCACCGAGCUAUUGAAUGGGGAGCUAGGACUGAAUCCCAGCAGUUUGGCUCAGCUUCUCCAGCUGCCAAGGGAGAGACACAGACUAGGGCUUUUGACGUCAGGAGCCAUUUCAGAUACUGAUGAGUUUGUGUCCUAAGGAAAAGGAAAAAGAAAAGGGGAUCAUAAGAUAAAAGAAAAAGUAUCAAGAAAAUGACACUUCUUUUGGUGAUAUUACCAUCAUGGAUAAAGACCAGGUCUAGUAAUGUUCCCACUGAACUAAGAUAUGAUGUGAAAACUGCCUCCUUCUGGUUUGGCUUUAUGGAGUAAGUCAUUUUCUGUCAUCUUGAUCAUGGCAUUUACUACUUCAAUGCAAAUCUCUACUUGAGUGAGAGCAGAUUAUGCUCUAAGAACAUAUAUAAUUCUGAGUGUGGUUUCCUCAUUCGUUUCAUUUACAGAGGUGGAUUAACUCUCGCUACAGAAAGACCUAACAGAAGAUGUGUGUGCAUUACAUGCAUUGAUUCCAAGAUAGAAGUCCUUGCUUCUGUGUGAAUACCGGCUUAUAACCCACACCAUGGAUAACUUAUUGGACUUUGCAUGAAAAGGAGUCAUUAGUGCCAUUGGAUAUUUGACCAUCUUGGCCACAGGUUUUUCAGGAUGAAUGGAAGGUCACGCAGCAUGAGUCUUCACCAUACGUCGGGAACCCCACAGGGGCAUAGGAUGGUCAGUGGCCAACAUAUUCCUCCCAUCCGAACCCACUCAGGGACUCCUGGCCCCUCGUCUUGUGACAACACACCCAGCCCUGCUAUUGGAAGCCUUUCUAACAGCCUGCAUCGCAAGAUGCCCUUGGGAGGAGGGUUGUCUCUUCAGCACAAUAUGGCUGAGAGCCCCAUCCAUCUGCCCGCUCUGAUCCCCAGGAGACAAGUGCUCACCAGUGAGAAGCCGAGAUUCCAGGUCACCCAGCCUGGAGGCAUGUCAGGGACACACACUUUAAAGCCAAAGCAUCAAGAGUUUGGAAGCCUUUUUCCUCCAAAUCCUGGGAAAGGGGCUCUUGGCUUUGGGUCUCAGUGCAAGUCCAUUGGAAAAGGCAGCUGCAACAAUCUAGUGGUCACCAGCAGUCCCAUGAUGGUUCAGCGACUGGGACCCAUUUCACCUCCAGCAAGCCAGGUCUCUACAGCAUGCAACCAGAUCAGUCCUAGCUUACAGAGGGCAAUGAAUGCAGCCAACCUGAAUAUACCUCCUUCAGAUACCAGGUCCCUUAUUUCCCGGGAGUCUCUGAGCUUGACAGAGAGUCAGUCGGCCUUGAGCGUGAAACAAGAGUGGUCUCAGGGCUACAAGGCCCUUCCUUUGCUUUCUUCCAACCACGGCUCUCAGAAUGGCGUGGAUCUAGGGGACCUCCUUGGCCUUCCUCCAGGAACACCCAUGUCCAGCAAUAGUGUCUCCAAUACAUUGCCACCCUACCUUUUUGGCAUGGAAAACAGCCACUCUUCUACCUACCCUAGUCCCCGGCAUUCGUCCGCCAGGUCGCAUUCAGCCCGCUCCAAGAAGAGAGCAUUGUCCUUGUCCCCACUGUCCGAUGGCAUCGGGAUAGACUUCAAUACCAUCAUCCGCACCUCGCCCACAUCUUUGGUCGCCUAUAUCAAUGGGUCGAGGGCUUCGCCGGCCAACAUGUCCCCCCAGCCAGAGGUGUACGGGCAUUUCCUGGGUGUGCGUGGCAGCUGCAUCCCCCAGCCCUGCGCGGUGCCCAGCGGGCAAAAGGGCGUGCUGGUGGCCCCCGGGGGACUGGCGCUGCCGGCCUACGGCGAGGACAGUGCGCUGGAGUACGAGCACGGGCUUCCGGGGCCCGAUGGCCAGCCGAGCGGCCUGCUCAAGACUGAGCGCCUAGAGGAGUUCCCGGACAGCGCUCUGGACCUGGCCUCCGCGCCCCCUCUUCCUCCUCUGCCACAGCCCCAAGGCCCCCCACCCCCCUACCACGCCCACCCACGCCUUCAUCACCCAGAGCUCGUGGCCCAUGCCCAGCCCCUGGCCCUGUCUCAGGCCACCAUGGAUGAAGACGGGGAGAUGGACGACGGGGGAAAGCACUGCUGUCGUUGGAUAGACUGCAGCGCCUUGUAUGACCAGCAGGAGGAGCUUGUGCGGCACAUCGAGAAGGUGCACAUAGACCAGCGUAAAGGGGAAGACUUCACGUGCUUCUGGGCUGGCUGUCCUCGAAGGUACAAACCCUUCAACGCCCGCUAUAAACUGCUGAUCCACAUGAGAGUCCACUCCGGGGAGAAGCCCAACAAGUGUACGUUUGAAGGUUGCAAGAAGGCCUUUUCCCGGCUUGAGAACCUCAAGAUACAUUUGCGGAGCCACACAGGCGAGAAGCCAUACCUGUGCCAGCAUCCCGGCUGUCAGAAGGCAUUCAGUAACUCCAGCGACCGUGCCAAGCACCAGAGGACACACCUGGACACUAAACCUUAUGCUUGUCAAAUUCCAGGAUGCACCAAACGCUACACAGACCCAAGCUCCCUAAGAAAGCACGUGAAGGCACAUUCUUCCAAAGAUCAACAAGCAAGGAAAAAGCUGCGGUCCAGCACAGAGCUCCACCCAGACCUGCUCACAGAUUGCCUCGCUGUGCAGCCCCUCCAGCCGGCCGCUUCCCCGAGAGACACUGCUGCUGAUACCACCCUGGGACGGUCCCCAGGGCCGGGGCCAGACCUCUACACAGCUCCCAUUUUCUCCAGCAAUCACUCGAGCCGAACUGGAACAGCUGCUGGGGCCGGGCCACCCCCACAUCUUGUCCGUCACCCUUCUCCAGGACAUAAUGUACAGGGGAGCCCCCACAACCCCUCCUCGCAGUUACCUCCGCUCACAGCUGUGGACACAGGAGCUGAGAGGUUCGCUCCUUCUGCUCCAUCUCCUCACCACAUCAGCCCCGGGAGAGUUCCGGCACCUUCGUCCGUAUUGCAGAGAACACAGCCUCCUCACAGCCAGCAGCCCUCAGGUCCGCACCUGAAGUCCUAUCAGACAGAGACAAGCUCUUCUUUUCAGCCAAAUGGAAUCCACGUCCAUGGAUUUUAUGGACAGCUGCAGACAUUCUGCCCCCCACAUUACCCAGAAUCCCAGAGAACUGUGCCCCCUGGCAGCUCCUGCAGUGUGGUCCCUUCCUUCGAGGACUGCCUAGUCCCCACAUCCAUGGGCCAGGCUGGCUUUGAUGUGUUCCACAGAGCUUUCUCGACUCACUCAGGCGUUGCAGUGUAUGACUUGCCUUCAACUUCCUCAAGCCUCUUUGGGGAGUCUCUUCGCAGUGGGCCUGAGGACACCACAUUCUUACAGAUCAGCGCCAUGGACCGCUGUCCUAGCCAGCUUUCCUCCGUCUAUACUGAAGGCUGAGAGCUCCACUGACCUCGGCUGCACACCCAGAGCGCUUUAGUUGCUUGCUGCCUUUUGUUUUUGGACCAUCACAGGCUGCAUGAAGAAGGGUGUGAACCGAAUCAGCGGAGCUUGCAGGGUCCCUUUGUCUUGGGAAAGCAGGACUGGAUGAUCAGAGCUGGCUUGCAGCAGUGUUUGCACUUGCUCCUUUUUCUUGCUGGAUGUGUUGGACCAAUUGACCAGCAUGACUGUCUUUUUUUUUUCAAAGGGAAGUUAGAGUCUCACUUUGCUGGAUACCUGUUACUUCCUGGCUGUCAACCCUCAAAGGACACCAGUUGAGAGGAUGUGCAUAUGAAAAUGUGGUUUGGGUAUGGCCUUUGCUGGAAACUCCAAUGAGGGAAGAGCCCAGUUAGCAGAGGCACAGUGAGCUGCCUCUAACUCCAGGUGUUGCAGAGCCAAGAAUAAUGAGGGAAAUCCACGUCUAAAGCGUAGUGUGGUCUCAGCUCUCAGAAAUUCCUGGUUUUUCCCUCUUCUCUUAGGUGUUGUCACGCUAACCAAUUGUAGUCAGCGUUUCCCCGCUGACAAGAGGUUUUCUACGUCAUUUUUUAAUUUUAGAGACUUGUUACUUACAUUUGCUUUAAGAGGAAAACAAUAACACUUAAAGUUUUGUUCUUUGGGUGGAAAGCAUGAUCGUUUUAGUCAUCCUUACUAUAUAUACACUUUGUCACAGCUGUGGCUCGGGUUGGCCCUACCUCUGGAAUGUUAGGAAUGCUUCCUUCUCAGCCUCUUCUUGACCUGUUUCAGACAUGCCAGCCAUAUCCCAUCAUACCCUGCUCUCAGCUCUUAGGAGGGGAGAGGGAGUGGUUCCCAGAAGGUGGGCUGAAGAACACAACCUUUUUUUCCUGAAGCUUGUUUGAAGGCCUGAAAUUAUUCACAGAGCACUUGGCCAUUGUAUAUCAAGCCUGAAGAGGAAGUCAUUUCUAUUGACAAGUAAAAAGGUCUUGUGUUCUAGGGCAUAAAGUAUAAAAAUUGGCCAGGCCCCAAAAACUUAAUCAGUUCCAACAUUCUGGUACAUUUAUAUUUCAGAGUUUAUUUUUCUCUCUUUAAGAAUGUUUUCUGAACAAUAGUAAAACAAUGCUAUUUAUCAAAAUGAGAUAAUUACAAUCUCCAGUAAGACAACUAAACAGCUUGGUGUCAGACUUGGGGUCCCGUGACAGUUUGCUUCGUGACAGAUGGGUCCUUCUAGUCUGGCUCCAAAAUCAGAAGUGUUCCACCUAAUUCCCAUGUUCAUUCAGUGUGCAGUAAAAUGAAGGGAGUGAGGAGCCAAGUGUAGAUUGCAUGCAUUUUUAUAGCACACUUGGUCAAUCUAGCUUGUCUUGCUAGUGGGCUGUGUGCUAAGGAAAGCUGUAGUGCAACUUUCCAAGUCUGCAAAAGAUUUGAAUUAACCACAUUAUACAAAUCUGCUCUGCUUUACAGAAGGAUGCACAUCAGGCUUCUCUGACAAGUGAGCUCUGAGACUGCAUGUAAAACCCCACCAUUCUUGCAGGCAUUCCGGGUUGUGUUACUUUUCCUAAGCAAGGACACGUGCCAGCACCGGCUUAGUAGCAUUCAUUAAGUGUCCUCUGUCACACUCUAGAAAGAAAGGAAGACUCUGUCUUCAGAGACUGUCUAUCCAUUCUUAACCACUGACACUGUUACAAGCAACUCAGAAUACAUUUCAUUGGUGUGAUGAGGAGAAAAUAAAUGAAGAGGCACGGUUAGGAUUGCAGUUGAUGUUGUCAGCCCUGCCUGUGGCUGUACAGAGAAAGUGGGAGGAGGAAGGAGAACAAAGCCGGAAGCUGAGCCACAGGAGCCGUGCAUGUCCUCUCCUCUCUGGUUACGUGGAGAUGCUUGUGAGCCAGGCUCUAGUCUCACAGUGACCCUGUUCCUUCCAGCCUCCCCUGGCCCUGUCCUGGAGAGAUCCACGGAGGAGCCAGGGGCAGCAGCACCUCCAGCACCUCUUUCCUCAGCAGGAUUUCAAGGCUCAGCCCCUGAGGGACGAUGCUGUUGUCAGAGGGAGCCCCUCACAGCCCCUCAGUGCUGCCUGAUGGCCACAGGUUUGUGAUUAGGAGCUCAGAACAGGAUGCAGUCACGUUCCUCCAGACCCCAAAAGCUGUCCUUAGGAUCCAGAAUGUCUCCCGAACUUCAAAUUUGUCCCUUGCUUACACUUUUGCAUUGCAGAAGAUUUAUGUAUCUUACUAUUUUGUAGCAGUAUUCCUGAAACUUCAAAAGAUCAUUUCCUGUCAUUUCCUGACCUUUUUAGUCUUGAUAUGUAGCCAUUUUCAUAAACAGCUGAACAGAUUAUCAUUCCCCUUUAAAAACAAACAAACAAAAAACAACAAAAAAACCUGGUGCUUGUGGAAAUGCACAGCCCAAAGACAAAUACCCUGUUACAUUAAAAUAUAAAUUAGUAUGCCUGGGAGCAUUUAAUUUGCUACAUUGUCUUAAUUCACUAAAGAGACUACAUCAAAAUGUCAGUUGUAAUUUAGCCUCUGAUCAGCAUUUAAAUAUUAUUUAAAUAUUUACUGGUCCUCUGAGGUAGCUCUCUCUACCCUUGUCUCCCAAAUAACAUAGGUGAUCCUAAAAUGGAAAAAGAGGACAUUAGCAGAUUACAGCAAAGUUUCCACUGAUAGCAGUGUGUUGGGUUUUGUUCAGUUUUAAAAUUGCUAGCUGUCGUGCACACUAACACACUAAUAGCAGUUUUGGACAGGGACAACUGUUAGCUCUCCCAUCGGAGAAGCUGGACUGUCCAGUUGCCUUGAAGUAUUGGGAGUGGUGACUGUAACUGCUCAGUUUAAUUGGUUGGUGUUUCGUUUGACUGUUUUACCAUGUCAUUUUAUAGCAGCAUUUCUUAAUGGCACUUUCUGUUGGCAAAUGUGGAAUUUCUUCAGUUAAUUUUUUUUCUUUUGCCAUGGGUGAAGAAAAACUCAUUGGAGAAAUGGUGAGUGUAAAAAAAGAAGAGAUUUAUUUUGUACAGACAGCAAAGCAUCCUGUGUAAUGUUGCUGACAUAAAGCAUUUGGGGGGGUGGAAAUCUGUUUUCCAUAAAUCACACAGGCUUUUGUACAUACUUAUAUACACUCACGUAGAGAAAUGAACUGCAUAGAUCAUACUGGAUAUGGGGCCCAUUUUACUCUAGAGGCACAUCUGGUGCUUAUUGUCAUAAAUCUUUUAAAGAAUUAGGUACACUUUUUUCUAUUAAUAUGUAUAGUUUUGUGAUUUGUCACAGUUAUGUUUCAUAUAAUCAUAAGUUAUUUUGUCUUGUUUCAUGAAGUUUUUUUUUUUUUAUGUCAAAGUAAAAUGAAGGGAUUGUGCACUUGGUACAGAAUAAAACUGGAACUACAGGAUACGCCCUGCUGCCUGAAAUCCUCCUUCAGCAUGUUGCUUUAAGACACAAUGGCAGCAACCAUUGUUUGUUUGUUUGUUUGAUUAUUUUGUUUUGUUUUGCCCUCAGCCUCCUAUGUAUUGGGGAUGGUAAUUAUAAUUAAAAGCAGAUGGGGGAGGGGGUCCAAGGCCAGCUUUAAAAUGCCUCAUUGCUUUGGGCCAGAGCCGCAGCCUGGAUUUAAUUAUAGAUAUGAGGACGAAAUGGCAGUAAAAAUGAAUGUCUCCCCGAAUCCUUUACAUGUUGGGAGUGUCCAUAAAUAAAAC